AUGCAGAACGACGUCCGGGUCUACACGCCGCCUAGCGGAAAAGCACCAGACGCCACGCCCACGACGCUGAUCAAUGAAAGAGACGGCGUAAUCGCUUUGGGUGCCUUAGACGCGACGUUCGCGCGCCACCCGGCCCGCGUGCAGCUGCUGCUGAUCGUCGACGCAAAAAUUCAUGAGGGACGGUUCCGCGACGCCGUCGAAGUCGCGAUCGAAGGCAUAGCGCUGGGCCCCGUGCGGAUGAAUGGCGGCAGCGGCUGCGCGUUGAGUGUUGUCGAGAGCCAAGACGAGGCCCUCUUCUCCCAAAGACCGCCGUCGCCCCUCCUGUUCACGCGGGAGCCCUGUUCCGCGCCCCUGGCGUGGCGUCUGUCCAUUGGACCGACAAAGUCUGCGAUCGGCCUCAGCUUCGACCACGCUUUGUGUGAUGUGGGCGGCGCCGUCUUACUACUCAAGCGGGCCUCGCGGGCCUACACUAGUGAUCCGCCGCUGGCGCUGAGCCUCGACCGGAGCUGCCAAAGUAAAGUAGCUGCCUUACGCGCUGACACCCCCGUCGAACGGGUCAAGCCGCGGAAGGGCGGUUGUUUGGUCGUCGACUUCGCGUCUCAUUGUGAAGCGGCGCCCGGCCGGACGCGCCACGCGGUCCUAUUCGCGGACCUCGUCGCUGUUUUACGGGAGGCCGGCUGUAAAAUAGACACGCUCUCCUUCGCGCGCGAUUGUCGAGGGCGCCAGCUUCCGAGCGACCACUUCGGGAACGCGUCGGUGCUCGUGGAGAUGCCCGCUGACUCGCCUUUGAUAGAUUAUGUGAAUGCGCCAGGCGUCGUCAACUGCCUCGCUUCCGUCCACGUCACGUCGUGGGCGCGCGGCGCCGACGGCACCUACUUUGGUGGAAACGCGGCGAUGGCCGUGGGCCCUGCCACUCUCAAAGCCGCGGCGGCCUACUGUUCAGCGAGGGGCGGCCAGCCCAAUAUAACAAUUGUGCCGGACGGCGACGGCCUGCAAGUGCUGCUGGUCGCGCCCACGGACCUCGCGAAGCGCGUGGCCCAGGUCCUUCGGAAGCGGUCGCAACAACGGCCCGUCGUCGUCUUCUUCCGGGGCGUUGGGGACCUGGGCGACGCGUGGGCGGCGCGGUUGCAGGGCGCCUGGGACGUCGUGCUCCCGGAGCCACCAUCUCACGAAGGGUGGUUUCCCCUCUCUUUACCCGUGACCGAGGCCGUGGCCGUGCCUGCUGAAGUUAUCGACGCCGCCCGACGAGUCGUAGACACGUUUAAAGAAAGGAAGGUCGUGGUGGGCGGCUUCUCCCAGGGCGGCGCUUUAGCGUUAGCAGUGGCGUCGUCUCAUUUGAAAGGUGUGGUGGCCGUGUCCGCCUGGGCUUCUUCAGAAAAGGUCGCGGCUCCCACGUACUUCUCGGUCGGCACGGCGGACCCGACCGUCUUGUUCGCGGUCGGCAAGGCGUCGGGCCUGCGCCUUCGCGGUGCGACCGUGAAACACGUGCAGCGCGCGAAGCACGGUCCCACGAACGCUGAACUCGAGGCCGUGCGUUCAUUCAUUGGAGACUGCCUAACACCAAAAAAAGGGGGCUGCGCGGCCUGCGGUUCAUCAAUAAACGACGAGGCGUGUCGCUACCGCUGCGUUCAUGAAAAUUGCGACGAUGUAAUUCAAUGCGCCGAGUGCUCGACGAAGUGCGCGCGCUGCGACGGUAAUUUACAUGAGGACCGGGCAUCACCAUUAGUAUUGCGACGCGAGUUAUUCAGGGAGGUGUUGCGUGGAAACAACGAAGACCCCCGUUUGUUACUCGAGCGCGCCUUUGACGUCUAUGCAGCAAGGCCGUUAAUAGGUGAGAACAACGAGUGGUGGACCUACGCCCAGUGCGGCCGCGCCGCGAAGGCGCUGGCGUCGAAGCUGCCGGAUGAUGGGAUUGUAUGUAUCCACGGCCGCAAUUCAAAAGGCUGGCUGAUUGCGGACUGGGCCUGCGCCCUAAAACGGGCGCCGUCCCUCGCCGUCGACGCGUCCGUAUCGGUGGAGGAGGCCCACGCCCUCGCGUCUCGUUCUGAAAAAUUGACGUGCGCGGUCGUCGACGAUCAUGAAGCUUGGUGCGCGCUCGACGGGAACCUGAGCGUGCUGCGCCUCUCUGAUGACUCCUCCAUCGAAGCACCCUUCACCAAACGGCCUUCGUCGGAACCGGUGACCUGCUUGCUGACGCUUGGAAGUACUGGUUCUCCGAAGCCGCUCCGGUUCUCCUCAAAUGAUUGGGCCGACUGGUGUGGAAGUUCAGUCAAAAGCAAGAGGGAGCGCAACGCCCUGGAACGGCGCUCGGUGCGCGUGUCGUGUCAGGCCCUCGUCGCGCCUCUCGCACAUGGUUUGAGUCGCCGCAUGGCGUGGUCAGAAGUGCUGCACGGAGGCCGGUUAGGUAUUGUUGAUACGCGAAACGACGUCGUCUCUCAGAUCAGAAAGUACGCCCCGACCCACCUAAGCGGGGCGCCGCGCUUCUAUUCAUUAUACAGCGGGAAAUCUGGAAAAUUGUUGGCGGGGCCGCGACUCCGCUUCGUGGCCGUCGGCGGUGCUGCCGUGCCGCGGUCGCUCGUCGCUUCCCUAAAGAAACGGUUCCCGGAGGCGGCCGUGAGCGACGGCUACGGCAUGUCCGAGGUGCCCGGCGGCAUCGCGCGGGACGGCAAGGUUUUAUCCGGCGUCACCGUGAAAAUAAGUGAAGACGGCGAGAUUCUGGUGAAGACGGCGCGGGGGCGCAUCCGAAACGUGGAGGAGGGUCAGUGGUUUCACACGGGCGACUUAGGACGAUUUAUCGACGGGCGGUUGGAGGUGCUCGACCGCAAGGCUGAUUCUGUGAAACUCGAGAACGGCGAGUGGCUCGCGCCGCAACGAGUGGAGCACGCGUUGGAGAGUUGUGAUUCCGUCAAAGCUUGUGUCGUGAUCGCGCGCGCGGGCUGGGCGGCGCCCGUCGCCGUCGUCGUCACGGAGGCGUCUCUCGAAGAAGUGAAGGAGGAGGCGCGAGGUUGUGUGUUGGCGCCCUGGGAGGUGCCCCGCUUUAUUUUGAGGCGCGACCCUUUCGAUGAGAAGGAAUGCAGCGCGCACGGGAAGAUAAGGAGGCACGUCGUCGCCGCAACCCACGGCCUCGUCGAAAACUGGGGGUCGUCGCUCGUCGAGCGCGCUUUGAAAUUCCUGGCCGCGCCCUACGCGCCGGCCUUCGGCGAAGGUGAGGGCUGGUGGGCGGCCGCGGGCGGCGACUCGGUCGCCGCCGCGCGGCUGGCCGGGACCUGGACGGGCUCUUCAAUAUCCGCCGGCGACGUCUUAAGAUUGGCGCCGCGCGACCUCCACCGCAAGGCGCAUGGUGUUUGUGAGGACCAGAAGGUUGAUUGGGCCCGCGAGUGCGCGACGACACCACACUCAGUCACAAUGUUGCCGCGGCGAUGCGCCGUGCUCCUGACGGGCGCCACGGGCCUGCUCGGGCCGCACUUACUGAGGGAGCUCGAAGAUCGGGACCUCUGGGUGUUGUGCCGGCCGCCGGCGGCGCGACUCAGCACGACCGCGAUCGUGUUGGAGGCGGACCUCGCGCGCGAAGACCUGGGCCUGUCGGACGAUGAUUUGAAAAGGUUGCGGGCGGCGGGCAUCUCCGUGAUCGUCCACAGCGCCGCGUGCGUCGAUGCGCAAAAGACCUACGACGAGUUGAGAGACGUGAAUGUCGAGUCCCUCGAACGGCUCGUCCAUGCGUGCGCGUCGUCGCCGAGCGUGGUGCUGGUCUCGACGCUCUCGGUCGUUCCCAAACGGGCAGAAGGCUGGGACGGGGUUGGUCUCGUGCCGCCGGCCUGUGCUGAAGCUCUAGAAACGGGCUACGCGCGGUCGAAGCUGGUGGCGGAGCACCGCUUGAGUGCUUUGCGCGUCGGCGGCGCCGUCGCGCGGCUCGGGCUGCUGGACGGGCCCGGGAACUGGCUCGAGCUCACGUUGGCCGCUUGUGCGGCUAUCGGCGCGGCGCCGGAGGGGUUGCCUCCUUUUGUUGGUGUGCUUGCGCCGCAGGUCGCCGCCUCGCGUUUGGUCCGAUUGGUGGACGAGGCGUCGUCCGACAUCCUAUUUGUUGACGUCGACGCGACGGCCUGCGGCGUCGCGCCGGUCUCUGUUUCUGAUCGGGUUGCGGAGCUCGAGCGGCUCCCCUACGAGGCGUGGCGGCGGAAAUGCGCCGAGGCCGGGGGCGUCGCGGGCGCGCGCGCCGUCGCGGCGCUGCCUCCUUCCGGGGGCUUUCCUUCCGGGGCGCGGCGGCGGUUGCGGGAGAUUCGAUCCUCCCUUGUUGUUGAGUGA